UGCAGGAAACAAACAGCCAGCCAGGAGAAGGCCAGCAUUUCCCAGCCCCUUGGGGAGCUGGAGUGGGCAGCGCCGACCGGUUCCCUGUGGUGGCAGCUUGUUCCACUGCCAGCACCUGACCCAGGCGGCGCCUUUGCCUUGGGAAGGUCGGGUGGGGCGGCAGAAGGAGAUGACCAGGGAGGCAUGUAGGCUGGGAAGGAAUUCCAGCCAGCGGCUCAAAGGCUUUCGUCUCUCACAGCUAUGAAGCACAGGGCCUUUUGGACUGCACUAGAAUACACUUGCCGACUGCUGGGCAUCUCCACGGCAGCAGUGCUGGUUGGAGUGGGAGUGGAGACCCUGCAGCGCGGGCAGUUCCAGAGCCUGGCUGUCUACCUGCUUUUCUCAGGGGCAGCGGUUUCCAUCUGCGAAGUCUCCUUCUUCGUCAGCCUGCUCCUGGGCAUGUGUAUCACCUACCAGCCGGGCUCCCUGGCACAUGCCUUCUGGAAGCGAAGCACCCAGCCAGCAAGCUUCCAGAAAUUCCUGGGUUACGUGCUGCUCUCGGUAGCCUGCUUCCUGCAUCCUGUCCUGGUCUGGCACGUCACCAUCCCCGGCUCCAUGCUGGUGCUGACCGGCUUGGCCUACUUCCUGCUGAGCAAGCGGAAGAAGAGCCCGGUGCACGGGGAGGUGCGGGGGCCACUGGAGCAGUAUGUUGACCCCUGUGCCACGGCUGCAACCUCCAUGGGCUGUGGUGACACCGAGCAGACCUUCACCUUCCCCGGGGGACACCGAGAGCAGCGUGUCUCCCUGCUCGGCCACAUGAAGAGCAUCCUGAAGGGCAGCAAGGACAAGGGUGCUGGCUGGUCAGCUGAGCCCACCCCAUCCCCACCCACCACCACCCCACCUGCCCUGGCCCCAGGCAAGCAGGUGCACUUCCAAGAGAAGCUGGUGAGGAUCAUCCCCUCCGUCAGCGAGAGCCCAGAUGAGGCAGAGAGCGAGGCCGAGGAGACCACGUCCGACACAGCCCCAAUCCUCGGGCCAACAGAGACCCCGCUCCUCGUCACGCCCCUCAGUGCCACAGGCCUGUUCUGAUCGCCUGCCCACCUCGCCCGCAGCCUGGGGCGAGUGGCAACAGCCUGCAGCUCCCCACCUGCUAGCCUGGGGCCUGGCUUCAGGCCUCGGACAUGCUCCCCCUGUGGCCCAGGUGCCACAGGAAGAGCUGACCUAUCAGGAGCAGGGCAGCCCCCGCCAGGUGGGGUCCUGGUGCCCAGGAGCCCAGCCAACCCCCCAAUAACUAACGCUGCUGCUGGCUGGAGGGCAGGGCUGGUAGGUGCAGUGCCAGCUUCCGGGGCUGGCUGCAGCGCUGACAUUCAGAGAGCCAUCCUGGAUACUCACCUGCUGGGGCCAGACCAGCCUCUGGGCAAAGCCCUUCAGUUGCCAUCUUUAUUUAAUUGAACGGUUCCUGGGGCUUGAUCAGUGUGUGUUCCAAACAUUGCAAACGGGUGGAAAUCAGGGCAGACAAAUACACUUCCUAGUUUUCUGGGUAAAUAUCAGGGUUAAUCCUAGGGGGGCUGGGAGGGAUGGAGAAAGAGCACAAAAUCGAGCCCAGACAGAGUGAUGAACUGAUAGCCCUUCCAUGCUGUGGUUUAUGUCGUAAUCUGUACAUCAGCAGUACAUGCACAGGUGAGUGUGUCUGUCUGUCUGGCUUUCACUCUGUUGCCUUCCUUUAACAGGCAGCCUCACAGUCACACUGCCACUAACUUUCUAUUAACAGAGAGGCAUCUGCUAGUGGGAUGGGUUGGAUUUUCUUAACCUAAUCAUUAUUUCCAUGUACUUGAGCGGUCCAAAAUUCAGAUGAAAAUCAGUUAAAACCAAAUAAUAGCUUUGGUAAAACCCUGGGCACCGCCCGCCCACUCGCCGUGGGAUCUUGGCAGGCUCUGGCCAUGUGUCAGUACACCCUAGCAACUGUCUGGCCCCACUCCCUAUGGGAUCCAUGCAAGCUCUGCCCCGGUGGCCUGAGCCAGACUUUGCUCAGCGUAUUUCCAGGACAGUGAAGCCUUCGAUCUCAGACAUUUCCAGCCCCUCCAUCAGCAUCUGCUCAGUGCUAGAUGGUCGUACCAGCGGAGUUGCAGCGUCUGCCCUAGCCCCCCACUCUGCUGUGUGGCUGGCCAUGGACCAUGCUCCCCAGCCAACUGGAUCUAACCCCCAGCCCUUUGGACUGCCGGCUUUCUCACAGCAGCAUUGCUAAUAAGCCGCAGGGAACAGAGCCAGCCUAGGGACAUCAGAUGCCAUCUCCCAGUGCUUCCCACUGGGGCGGCUGUGGGGCCAUGUGACGUGUGACCAAGGGACACAGCACUCCCAGCAGCCUGCUGUUUUCAGGAGAGGGCUUGUUGCCUGAGUCCCUGCAGCCACACACUCCCUCCUCCCAUGCCCUAGCAUGGCCCUGGGACAGAAUGGGGUGGGUCCAUUUUCCAGCGCCAACAUCUGCCCUACCCUGCACCGCCAUGGGGAGAAGCACCUCCAGGGAUAGGGGGGCUGACGAUCAGGGCUCAGCCUGUGAUGGGUUUGGUCACAAAGCUCCCCUUGGGACUGUCGCCCUAUGUGCUGAAAUGACCUCUGAGCUCAUUUUCCCUGCCAGCUUGGGACUCUAGAACCCUGUCUUGUUGAGCCAGACAUGCUAGCCUGCUGCAGCACAGA